AGACAGCGCGAAUCCGAAGCUCGAUCACACAUUCUCGGCCAAAUCCUGACCCCGGGCGCGGCGGAACGUCUGGGACGGAUUCGACUGGUCAAAGAAUCACGAGCCACCGACGUCGAGAAUCGAUUGAUCAUGCUGGCGAAAAGCGGACAGCUUCGGCAGAAGGUAUCGGAGGAUCAGCUCAAGGACAUAUUGAACGCGCUCAGCGAGCAGCAGGCAAAGGAAGGGGAGCAGAAGGUGGUAGUCUCGCGGAGGAAGGGCUGGGAUGACGACGACGAUGACCUCCUCGAUUUCUAA